CGAUGCAGACCAAAACAAAUCCGAAGCGGCUCCCCCAUUUUCGCGGGUAUUGCGCAUGCGCGACUGAUUGUUGUGUUUCUGUGUCGUGUGCAUGAUCCUAGGUAUUGACCCAGUGUUUUGAACGUAAUUAGAGAAUUGCUUGCCUGUUUAGGACGCAUUUUGGGCGCUUUCUUUGCGGAACGAAAUGAAAAUCAAAAAUCAGAAAAUUUCUUCUCUGGAAACGAAGUGACGCGCGAGAAAACGGGAAAAAACGGGUUUUCGCGAAAUUGGGGAUGACUCGAAAUUGGGGAGCAGCACCAUACAUGCUAAACUAAUUAUAUACUCAUGCAUGUUAUGUAUGAAGGCAGUUAUAGCCUACCAGUACCCUAAAUUAUAGGCUACUAUACUAGACUACACGCAUAUAGCCAUAAAAUGUGAAGAAGUUGCAGUCAACUGAAAUUUGGAAAACAGCGGAUGCUUUCCAAUCUUGGUUUUCGAAACAAUGGCUGUCUGUGUCUGUGUCAGAGGUAAGUUAAAACAAAAAUGGCACCCAUUUUGGUUGCGCUAUCCGUUGAUCAAAUUCUUUUUAUGAGAGGGGAUGUGAUCAGUACCAGGUACUCGGGCAACAACAAAAAUUAUGAUGUCGUUUUCACACAUGAUUGAAACUUAAGUGUUUACUGAAUCUUUUAUUUUAGACGUGGCAAUAUAGGAGGAUGCUUCCAGCUUGUCUGUGUAUUGAAUCUUUGUUCUCACUAUUUCAGAGAUGGGUACAGGCUUUCCAGAAUGGUCGAUUCUUGGUUCAGGUUCGAACAAACAAUGGUCUGGAGCGACAAAAUAAACUGUUCAAACACACAUAUCUGAAGCACUAUAGUGAGAAGUCGCUGUCAAAGAUGUUGACCACAUUGAUCAAGGAGUUUCUACCGGAGAGACUUGAGCAUCUCAGCAAUUUGAAAAGCUACAUUGAUAUGAACAGUGUGUCCUCGUCAGAGUACAGGGGGUACAAGGAAGACGUGCUGCCACGUUUCCUUCAUGAGCGACCCAAGCAGUUUAUUGAGCAUUGCAAGAAACGCUAUACCAAUUCAUCAGGUGUUGGUGACCAGCCCAGUGAACCAGGAAAAUUCAGAGUGAUAAGUGAGGAUGGUAGAAACUGCUAUGAAGUUAACCAUGGGAUGGACUCUGAGUCUCCAUCAUGCACCUGUCCUGACUUUGCCUUGACUUUCUGGCCCUGCAAGCAUUUUUUUGCUAUUUGGAAUGCUGAUAAAGGUUACGCAUGGAAUUCCUUACCAGCCUGGUACAUGAAUUCGCCAUUCCUAAGUAUUGACAAUCAUGUCAUAUUUAGGUCGAAAGAAGAGGUUGCGGCUGUAUCCGAAUCAGUAUAACCG